AUGAAAUUUUCUAUCUAUCUAUAUAUCUAUCUAUCUAUCUAUCUAUCUAUCUGUCUAAUUCUCUUGUUUACUAUCUAUCAAAGUAUAUUGAUAUCUAUCUAUCUAUCUAUCUAUCUAUCUAUCUAUCUAUCUAUCUAUCUCUCUUUAUAUAUAUAUAUAUAUAUAUCAAAUUAUCCUUAUCUAUCUAUCUACCUAUCUAUUAUAUUGAUAUCUAUCUAUCUAUCUAUCUAUCUAUCUAUCUAUCUAUCUAUCUAUAUAUCAAAUUAUCCUUAUCUAUCUAUCUAUCUAUCUAUCUAUCUAUCUAUCUAUCUAUCUAUCUAUCAUAGUAUUAUUCAGUGCACCCUCCUUAGUUGUGUUCUCGAAGUGUCUAUGUACUUGCCUACAUUAGCCGACCUGUCAGCGCGCCAUCGACUCGCGCCGACAGCCAAGGCCAACCACCAAUGGCAUUUACGCACGCAACAGACUCACCGUAGACGUCCGUUGCAACCGUAUCUCAGGCCCCACUCGCCAAUGACAGACAACCUAUACCUUCGUGGUGAAAUGUUCUUAUCUAUCUAUCUAUCUAUCUCAGUCUAUUCUUAUCUAUCUAUCUAUCUAUCUAUCUAUCUAUCUAUCUAUCUAUCUGUUGUGGUACGAUCCACCUAA